AUGAGCAGCUGGCAGAAGAUCUUUGCCCAAAAUGUGCUCAUCCCUCCCUACCCUCAGAGAGCACGCCAGUUUUCGAAGGAAUCCACAGCAUUUCAGUGCAUCCUGAAGUGGCUUGAUGGACCCAUAGUCAAGCAGGGAGCGCUGGAGGUGCUGUCGGAGGUUGAGUGCCAUCUGCGAGUGUCUUUCUUUGAUGUCACCUACCGAUACUUCUUUGGGAGGACGUGGAAAACCACGGCAAAGCCCACCAAGCAGCUCUCGGGGCCACCGUCCAGGAUCGUCUUCAAUGAGCCCUUGUAUUUUCACACAUCCUUAAACCACCCUAACGUUGUGGCGGUGGUAGAGGUGGUCGCUGAAGGCAGAAGACAGGAUGGGGCCCUCCAAGCAUUGUCAUGUGGCUUCGGAAUCCUUCGGAUCUUCAGCAACAGGCCAGAGUCUCCUGCUGCUGCCUCCCAAGACAAACGGUUGCGGUUGUACCAUGGCACCCCCAGAGCCCUCCUGCACCCACUUCUCCAGGACCCCACAGAACAAAACAAGCACAUGACCAUCAUGGAGAACUGCAGCCUGCACUACACCCUGAGGCCACACCCGCCCCUGGAGGCUGCAUUCCACCUGCUUCCCGAGAACCUUCUGGUGUCUGGUCUGCAGCCCAUCCCUGGCCUCCUUCCAGCUCAUGGAGAAAUGGGUGACACCCUCCAAAAGCCUCGCUGUCAGAAGCCUAUCACAUGGUACUUGGAUGAUUUAUUCUUCACCCUGUAUCCCUCCCUUGAGAAGUUUGAGGAGGAGCUUCUGGAACUCCUCAUCAGUGACCACUUCCGGGAGGGGUGCGGCCUGCUGGAUGGUGGGACGCUGGAGGUUCUAGAGCGGCGCCUGCAUGUGGGCGUGCACAACGGGCUGGGCUUUGUGCAGAGGCCACAGGUGGUUGUACUGGUGCCUGAGAUGGAUGUGACCUUGACACGCUCUGCCAGCUUCAGCAAGAAAGUGGGCUCCUCCUCCAAGACCAGUUCUGGAAACCAAGCUCUGGUGUUGAGAAGCCGCCUCCGCCUCCCUGAGAUGGUCCCUCACCCCGCGUUUGCAGUCAUCUUCCAGCUGGAGUACGUGUUGAACAGCCCUGCAGGAGUGGACGGCAAUGCAGCUUCAGUCCCAUCUCUGUCCAAGCUGGCGUGUAUGCACAUGCUCCGCUGGGCUGUUUGGAACCCCUUGCCGGAAGCCGGUUCCGGGAGGGUGACCCUGCCUCUGCAGGGUGGCAUCCAGCCCAACCCUGCACACUGUCUGGUCUACAAGGUGCCCUCAGCCAGCAUGAGCUCCAAAGAGGUGAAGCAGGUGGAGGCGGGAACAGUCCAAUUCCAGUUCUCACUAGGCUCUGAAGAACACCUGGACACAUCCACAGCACGUGUCAGUGGCCCCAAGGUGGAGUGGCGAUCUGCCAGGAAACCACCCACAUCUCCUUCAAGCCCGCCAGCAUCAGCACCCCAGGGUCUCGCUACCAUCCAAGACUCGCCUGUGGGACCAGGGACAGAUUCUGCCAGGAGAGGCACCUGGCUGCCACUAGUGUCCAGCGGAGCUGCCAGAUACCCCGGGCCCUAUGGGCUGAGCAGCCAGUGGUGGGACAAGGCCACUGCUGAAAGACGCAACCUGUUGACAGUUGCCUGUCAGGUUGCAGAUGUCUCCAUGCUGUCGCUUUCCCAGCUGGUGGCUUCCACGCCAUCUCCGGCUCAGCGCCGCUCAGCCACGCACACUGUGCAGCAGCAACCAGACAACUCUCAGCCCUCUGUGGCCUUGGCAGAGAUUCCGUUGGAGGGCAGGGUGUCUCACCUGGAGGCAGACCUGAGCCAGACUUCCUCAGUCUUAGAAACGGCCAUUGCGGAGCGGCUGCGGGAGCUGCCAUUCACACCUCUGCAUGCCCCCAUUGUCUUGGGAGCCCAGACCCGGAGUUCGGCAGGUCAGCUCUCAAGGGCCUCCAUGGUGCUCCUGCAGUCCAUUGGCUUCCCCGAAGUCCUGGACGCCAACAAGCAACCAGUCCAAGCUGUGAAUCCUACAGAUCCUGUGAAGUUCAACCCUCAGAAGGAAGAAUCGGAUUGUCUACAGAGCAAUGAGAUAGUGCUGCAGUUUCUUGCCUUUAGCAGAGUGUCCCCAGACUGCCGAGGACCGUCAUGGCCAAAGACUGUGUAUUUCACCUUCCAGUUCUACCGUUUCCCACCUGCAACAACACCACGGCUGCAGCUGCUUGAGCUGGAGGAGACUCAGAAGGGCAGGUCUGGUUCCCUGUCCCACAUCCUGGUUCCCACGAAUAAAGAUGGCUCCCUUGAUGCUGGGUCUCCUGGCUUUCAGCUGAAGUACACGGUAGACCCCGUGUUCCUGAAGCCCGGCGAGCGGCGCUGGUUCUUCCGCUACCUGACCAUGCACACCCUGCAGAUAGACGUCUGGGAUGGAGACUCCCUGCUGCUCGUCGGGUCUGCCGCCGUCCAGCUGAAGCAUCUUCUCCGCCAAGGGCGGCCGGCCGUGCAGGUCUCACAUGAACUCGAGGUCGUGGCCACUGAAUAUGAGCAGGACACCAUGGUGCUGAGUGGAGACGUGACUGGGAGUGGCAGCAUCAAGCCCAUCGGCGUCCACUCGGUGGUGAGGGGCCGGCUGUACCUGACCUUGGCCAAUGUGGGUCACUUAUGUGAACAGAGAGUGAAGAAUUCUAGUGCGUUGCCACCAUCCAGGUCUCGGGUCAUCUCAAAUGAUGGAACUAGCCACUUCUCUGGAGGCAGCAUCCUCACGAGUGGAAGCCCGAGACGAAGGAACGUGGUCCAGGCACAGAAGCUGGUGGAUGUGGACAGUGAGCUGGCUGCCAUGCUGUUGACACACACCCGGGGGAGCCAGGGGCCCCGGGGCACCGGCCGCGAGUUGGAUGCUGUCCGCAGGCGCAAGCUGGAGCGCCUGAGGUCUGUGCGCCAGCAGGAGUCCGGGGCAGAGCUUGGCCGGCUCGGGACCAGCAUACUGGCCCAGCAGAGCAUCCGUGCACAGCACUCACGGGACCUGCGGGUCAUCGACGCCUACCGGGAGCGCACCAAGGCCGAGAGCAUCACCUGCGUGCUGAGCCGGGCCAUUACCACGCAGCACACGCUCUACGCCACGCUGGGCACUGCUGAGUUCUUUGAGUUCGUGCUGAAGAACCCCCACAACACGCAGCACACAGUGAUGGUGGAGAUCGACAACCCUGAGCUCAGCGUCAUCGUGGACAGUCGAGAGUGGAGGGACUUCAAAGACGCCGCCGGCCUGCACACACCCGUGGAGGAGGACAUGUUCCAUCUGCAUGGUGGCCUGGGCCCCCGGCUGUACCUGCGCCCGCGUGAGACCGCCCACAUCCCCUUCAAGUUCCAGAGCUGCUCUGCAGGGCCGCUUGUCGAGGCGCAGGCUUCUGAGCUGAACUUCGAGAAGGGCGUGGAUGUCGACCCACUGUGGAAGUCCAGCGUGAUGCCCACGAAACAUGCCAAGGUUGUGUUCCGUGCAAGCGGUGGCGGUGGCGGCGGCAGGCCCAUCGCCGUGCUCCACCUGACCGUGGAGCUGCAGCCCCACGUGGUGGACCAGGUCUUCCGCUUCUACCAUCCAGAGCUUACCUUCCUGAAGAAGGCUGUUCGCUUGUUGCCCUGGCACACACUUCCAGGUGCUCCAGUGGGAAUACCUGGCAAGGAACCCCCAGUCCACGUUCGAUGCAGCGACCCAAACGUCAUUUGCGAGACACAGAAUGUGGGUCCUGGGGAGCCACGGGACGUGUUUCUGAAGGUAGCUAGCGGUCUGAGCCCGGAGAUUAAAGACUUCUUUGUCCUCAUUUACUCGGAUCGCUGGCUGGCGGUGCCCGUGCAGACGUGGCAGGUCUACCUGCACUCCCUGCAGCGUGUGGAUGUCUCCUGCAUCACGGGCCAGCUGACCCGCCUGUCGCUUGUCCUCCGGGGAACACAGACCGUGAGGAAAGUCAGAGCUUUCACCUCGCAUCCCCAGGAGCUGAAGACGGAUCCCAAAGGGGUCUUCAUUCUGCCACCUCGGGGGCUGCAGGACCUGCAUAUCAGCGUGAGGCCCCUCAAGGCCGGCAGCCGCUUCAUCCACCUCAACCUGGUCGAUGUGGACUGCCACCAGCUGGUGGCCUCGUGGCUCGUGUGCCUCUCCUGCCGCCAGCCGCUCAUCUCCAAGGCCUUUGAGAUCACGAUGGCUGCGGGGGAAGGGAAAGGUGUCAACAAGGGGAUCACCUACACCAACCCCUACCCCUUGCGGAGGACAUUCCACCUGCACAGUGACCACCCGGAGCUGCUGCAGUUCAAGGAGGACUCCUUCCAGGUUGGAGGAGGAGAGACCUACACCAUCGGCCUCUGGUUCCUGCCUCAUCGGAGUGCAGGGGAGGAGGAGAUUCUGGUUUACAUCAACGACCACGAGGACAAGAACGAGGAGACGUUUUGCGUGAAGGUCACCUACCAGUGAGGGGAGACGGCCCAGCCCCCGCAGCCGCCACCACUGCUGUCACUGUGCCUGCUCCCGCUCUGCUGUCCUCAUGCCUCCUGCAGCAUUUGGCCUCAGGGACCUGCCCUCAGUGCUUGCAUCUGGCCAAUGGAGUGGAGCCCGAGGCCCAGGUCAUUUGGUAGCACCUGUGUCUGGUGAAGCUGCAGCUGGCACCGUGAGGCCUGCAUUCUGCAUACCUGAGAUCCAGUGGUGUCACUGCCUCUGUUACCCACAUGGGCCACACAGUCUCUGUUGCUCACAGGAGGGUGUCACCACCUGAAUGGGAAAAUGUUACCAUCUGAACUUUGAUUUGCUUUUAGCAAAAUAUAUUUUAUGCAUCAUCCUAAAUGAUACAAUUAUGUUUUUCUUGUUGGAUUUUGUACAAACAUAAUCAUUUGCUAUGCAAUGUUUUAUACUGGUGUUGUUUCCUAUCUGUUUUUUAAGUUGUUGAACAAAAUACUAAACUUUUACAUAUUU